UUCUGUUUUUAUGGUUUUAUGUUAUUUAUGCGGAUUUUUGCGAAUGCGUCAAGUAUCAUACAAUUCCCGCAUGUUCUCAUACCAACUGGAUGAUAUUUAUUUUUAAUUUUCAAAAAUGUUUUUGUGAAAUGCAUUAAGUACCCACCACGUAGUGAAAAUAUCUGAAAGAAAAAAGCAGUUGGUCUUUGUGUGUGUUUAAAAUUUAUAAUUUUGUGUCAAAAUUUUUAUUUUGGAACAUAUUUUUGAAGUGAUUUAAAAAAAAAAUUAUUACAAAACAUGUUGUAAAAUUGUUCAUUUUGUUGAUUAAUGUGCGUGGUUUUGAAACUAAAAACGGAUCUUUCAAUGCCUGAAAGAACAGCUAUUAUCUUCAACCGCAAUCACGCUAACUAUCCAAACUUUACAGGAACUUCCUACGGGUCGCACGCCGCUGCCGGGACUUGGUGGGGGGCACACCAUCAUCAUCAUCACCAUCCGGCAACCCAUAAUAAUCUGCAUAACCAUCCUCACGCGCAACUUACAACGCAUCAACAACAACAACAAACAACACCGACACAUUCCACCCCGGUUAUGUAUGAAGAUCCUCCGAUUAUCGUCCAUCAACAGCAGCAACAACAUCAGCAACAACAACACCAGCAACAACAACAACAACAACAAUCCCAGCAGCUUACCCAACAACAACAGGUUACCCCCCUUGGUCAGCGAAGUCCGCAACCUUCACAGCAACAACAGCAAUCACAUCUCACGUCACCCCAUCAUCAUCCGCAGCAUACAACAUCCGCAACAUCAGGUCCAACGAUUCCCGGAUCCGGUGCGAAUCCUCAGCAACAACAACAACAAACAGCAGCCAGUGUACAACAGCAGCAAAACACAGUGGCGUCCGGCCAAACACAAAUCGUUGCGCCAACAACGGCGAGUGUUUCACCAGCAAGUGUCAGUUCACAACCACCAGAUAUGUCCAUACUUGCAGGCCCACUUCAUAUACCCGCGAUACGGCCCGGUUUUGAGGCUGAUGCCUCGGUAAAACGGCAUCCGCAUCCAUGGGCGUAUGAUGGUGAUAGUUUUCCUCAAUACCAUCAGCAAUAUUAUAUAGAUAGAGAUCGUAAGCCUGUGUUUUAUCCGUAUCCAGAACAAUUUCAGCCUCCUUACUGGAAUUAUCGUGAUCAAACUUCAUAUCUGAAUGACGAUCGGCAUGCAUCGGUAACAGCCGGAGCUGCUGCUCGUCAAUCAGUUGAAGGUGGCUCUCAGUCCAGCUAUGAAACUCCAACGUAUUCAUCGCCUGGUGCAUUGCGAGCAUAUCCAACGGAUGCGUAUGCAACUGCUGGUUCUGGUUUAACAGUGGGACCUGUUGGCCAAUGCACUCCUCCAAGUGCAAUGGAAUGGACGACCCAAGUUACAGUCCGGAAAAAGCGCAAGCCCUAUUCCAAAUUUCAAACGAUAGAAUUGGAAAAAGAGUUUCUGUACAAUGCCUACGUAUCGAAACAGAAACGGUGGGAACUGGCUCGAAAUUUGAAUUUAACAGAAAGACAGGUCAAAAUAUGGUUCCAAAAUCGUCGAAUGAAAAACAAGAAAAACUCUCAGCGACAAGUGAAUCAACAAAACAAUAAUAAUAGUUCAAAUAGUAACCACAAUCAUGGCCAGGCACCACAGCAACAUCCCAAUGCCCAUCAUUUGAAUUUGGGUCUAGGUAUGGGUCAUCAUACGACGAAGAUGCAUCAGUGACCUUUAGACAACAGCAGUGCAAUGGGAUUUGCAACAUACUAACAUACAACGAAUAUGCAUGCAACAACAAAACACCUUGUUUGACGAAUUAUUAAACAAGAAAAAGUUUAACUUCCUAGAAGAAAAAAAAAUAUCUCAAAGAAUUAAAAAUAAAUACACGAAAACUCAGUGCAAAUAAUAUUAUUUAUAAAAAAAAAUAUAUUAUUUAAAAAAAUUCUUUAACACUUUGCAAUAAGCUUGAAAAGAUCUUAAAAUUCAACAAAAGAACACAAAAAUUCGUCCAUUCCAGGUGAAUGUUAAAAAAUAAUUUUUUAUUAAAAAAAUCUUGCAAAUCCCAAGCCAAAAGUACUGCUGAUCUAAAUUGAAACAAACGAAAAAAAAAAUUAAGAAAAUAAUAUUGAAAAAGUUAUUUUAUACUUUCAUGAUUCUCUUCCCGUCUCUCUAAUGAAAGAUUUUAGUUAAUUUUAAAUAUAAACUUAAGUAAAAUGGUAAAUAAUAUUAAAAUUGUUUCGAAUUGUAUAACAAUAGACUUAUAAAUUUAAAAAAUAAUAAAAAAAAACACAAGUGAAACAUAAAGUUUAAAUUUUGAAAUAAAUUUAAAUAUAAUUUUAAAUAAAACUUAAAUAAUGUGUAAUUAUAAUUUUAAGUUCCUGUAUAUAAUAAGUUAAUGAAAAAAAAAAAUGUAUUAUUUAAUGAAUAAAUUGGCAUAAAAUAAAAUUAAAAAAUUAAAUGAAAUUAUUCAAAUUAAUUUUAAGGUUAAGAAAAAUAAUUAUAAAAAUAAAAAAAAAAAAACACUCAAAAAUAAUUAUCUAAAUUAUAUGUAAAAUUUUGCUUAUCUUAAAUUAAACAAGUAAAGAAAAAAAGUAGUUGUAGUUGUUCAAACAAGUAUUUGUCGCUGUCCAGAUCUUGUAAACACAUUAGUUUUCAUAGUGAUAUAAAACAAAACAAAAAAAAAUAUUAUAACUAUUAUAUAAAUAUACGUAGGUGUCCAUAAAAUACAUUAUUACAUACAAAACAAAA